AUGGUAGAUGCACUGAAGCACGAGCUACAUCAGGAUGCCAUACCUUUCGAAAAUGGAGCUGCUCUGUUCAUGUCUGACGACAUGAUUGACUAUCUUCCAGAGGACAUGGGAACCCAAACCCACUCCAUGCCUGCUGAUGACUCUGUCGCUGUUCUAUCUACCUCAACACAUGAAUCCACAUAUGACAUCAGGGAACAAGGUAAUCUCGAGCACCUGGCCAUGAACACAUUUGCUUCCUCGGACAUGGUCUUCAGCAUGGAAGAAGAGACGAUAGGGGAGCCAGACGAGGACCCUUUUGCUGAUUUCGACAAAUGGCUCAACCAGCCAAGUGCUUAA